AUUGUGUUGCUGAUGGGGUACAGGUUUUGUUCACGUGACGUAACGAAUGACACGUGUAUUCAAGAUGGCGGCCGCGGCGGUGGAGACGUGGUUGGCCCUGCUGCUGUUGUCCAUGUUGCCUGGAGGGGUCCAGCCCUUUUACGUGCCUGGAGUUGCUCCAAUGAACUUCCACCAGAACAGUGUUGUAGAGAUUAAGGCCGUGAAGCUGACCAGCUCCCGGACUCAGCUUCCCUAUGAAUACUACUCCCUGCCCUUCUGUCAGCCUGAUAAAGUGGUCUACAAAGCAGAGAACCUGGGGGAGGUGUUACGCGGGGAUCGUAUUGUGAACACCCCCUACUCGGUACUCAUGACCCAGGACAGGAAGUGUAAUGUGGUUUGUGCCAAGCUGAAACUCAACGUGCAGCAGAGCAAACUGGUGGCUGAGCGCAUCCAGGAAGAGUACUAUGUUCACCUCAUUGCAGACAACCUCCCAGUGGCCACGCGACUGGAGUUCUACCCCAACAAAGAGGCAGAGGAGGAGAAGGAUUUGGUGAAGGAUGUCCAGUUUGAACACGGCUACAGACUGGGCUUCACUGAGAACAGCAAGUUCUACCUACACAACCACCUGUCCUUCAUCAUCUACUACCACAAGGAGAAGGUGGAGGAGGAGGAAGAGCACAACUACAGAGUUGUACGUUUUGAGGUGGUUCCCCAGAGUGUCAAGGUGGAGGACCUGAAGGCUGACGAUAAGGGGCUGUGUACCCUGCCCGAGGCCACUAGCUCAGCUCCUCAGGAGAUUGACCCGUCCAAGGAGAAUGACGUUCUCUUCACCUAUUCCGUCCGCUGGGAGGAGAGCCAGGUGAAAUGGGCAUCUCGCUGGGACACCUACCUGACCAUGAGUGACGUGCAGAUCCACUGGUUCUCCAUCGUCAACUCCGUGGUGGUGGUCUUCUUCCUCUCUGGGAUCCUCAGUAUGAUCAUCAUCAGGACCCUGAGGAAGGACAUCGCCAACUACAACAGGGAGGAUGACAUCGAGGACACCAUGGAGGAGUCAGGCUGGAAGAACGUCCAUGGUGACGUGUUCAGACCUCCACAGUAUCCCAUGAUCCUCAGCUCUCUGCUGGGCUCAGGCAUACAGCUCUUCUGCAUGAUCCUCAUCGUCAUCUUCGUGGCCAUGUUGGGGAUGCUCUCUCCUUCCAGUAGAGGGGCCUUGAUGACCACUUCCUGCUUCCUGUUCAUGUUCAUGGGUGUGUUCGGUGGAUACUUUGCUGGCAGACUCUACCGCACGCUGAAAGGUCAUCGGUGGAAGAAGGGUGCUUUCUGUACGGCCACUCUGUACCCGGCUGUGGUCUUCUGCAUCUGCUUCGUCCUCAACUGUUUCAUCUGGGGAGAGCACUCGUCUGGAGCUGUCCCCUUCACCACCAUGCUGGCUCUACUCUGCAUGUGGUUCGGUAUCUCCAUGCCGCUGGUCUACUUGGGCUACUACUUUGGCUUCCGCAAGCAGCCUUACGAUAACCCCGUCCGCACCAAUCAGAUUCCUCGCCAGGUGCCUGAGCAGCGCUGGUACAUGAACAAGUUUGUGGGAAUUCUGAUGGCUGGGAUUCUACCGUUUGGUGCCAUGUUCAUUGAACUCUUCUUCAUUUUCAGUGCCAUCUGGGAGAACCAGUUCUACUACCUGUUUGGUUUCCUCUUCCUGGUGUUCAUCAUCCUGGUGGUGUCCUGCUCCCAGAUUAGUAUCGUCAUGGUCUACUUCCAGCUCUGUGCGGAGGACUACCGGUGGUGGUGGAGGACCUUCCUGGUAUCAGGGGGCUCAGCCUUCUACGUUCUUGUUUAUGCCAUUUUCUACUUUGUCAACAAGCUGGACAUUGUGGAGUUUAUCCCUUCCCUGUUAUACUUUGGUUACACAGCUCUCAUGGUCCUGUCCUUCUGGCUACUUACAGGGACAAUCGGCUUUUACGCAGCAUACAUGUUCAUACGGAAGAUCUACGCUGCCGUCAAAAUCGACUGAGUUUGGUUUUGCUGCUGGUUUUUUGCCACAUUUUCUUGUUCCGUUUUAAUUUUUGUAUUCUUCAUGUCCAGCAAACACUGACUUCUGUGGAAGGAAGGAAGGAAGGAAGGAAGGAAGGAAGGAAGGAAGGAAGGAAGGAAGGAAGGAAGGAAGGAAGGAAGGAAGGAAGGAAGGAAGGAAGCAUGAGGUGGGUAUUGUGGAACAGUGCCACCCACAGGCAUAGGGAGAGAACAGCAAGAUGACGCUGCCUGCUAGCUCAACGCUCCCCCUCCCUCCGUUAUUGGUGUCCACAGAGACAAAGUUCCUCUGGGACAGUCCAUGUUUUUCUGUGUUUCACCUUGGACACAACAUGGGCCAAAGCAUGUCAAUUGAAAGUCUGUAUGUUUUAGUGUCUGCUUUGGGAGUUGGACAAUCAAUGACGUGCAUUGGUUCAGAACUUCACUUUGUUUUUAAAAUCACUUCUCUGUAAGAUGUUUUAGUCUGACCUUUUGUCUCUGUUUCUCUUUCUCGCUCUCUGUCUUUCGGUCUCUCUUCUGUCUGUCGAUCUCUGUCUCAGUGUGUUAGUUUAUUUGAGGUUCUAAUCUUUAUUCCAGAUGAUCAGGAUGGUUGGGAGGUCACACGGUGGUAAUGGCACUAAGAAUGAUUUGGUUUAGCUGGGAAAUGGAAAUCUAACAUUGGAACAAGGAUAUUACAAUGUUCUGUUUUUUUAUUUUUUUAUUGUGGUUUCCAUGUCCUGGUGUGACCAUUUCAACCACAACCAAAAUCAGAAUCUAAAUGUUUUUCCUGGAGAGAGAAUCUCUCACAUUGAGGUAACCGAUUGUGUAAAAUGAAAUUCUCCUCUGCAAAUACUACUUCCAUGAGUAAUUAAUCUGAUGUGCUAGGGAAGUCAAGUUGGCUUAAGGCGGUUGAAAUAUUAAAUGAUAUGGAACAAAAAAGUAAAUUGUUGAUGGGAAAAGUAGUAUUUUUCAUCUUCAAAUCACCGUUCUAGUAUGAGCUUUAGCCUAGGGGGGAAAAACGACUUGUUUUUAAAUGGUUGACUCGUAAUGUAAUGGUGUCCAAUGUAAAUGGCUCCAUGGUCUCACUGAACUAUGCAUUUUUUUUUGGGGGGGGGUUGAUCUUUUGUUUUGAUUUUUAACACCUCGUUCAGUGAGACCUGCUAUUCUAACAGAGGUUAUCUAUCGGUGUUGACUAUCCCUGAGCAUCAAUGUUUCUACUAGGAUCGCCUUAGCAACACAGGGUUCUGUCAAUGAGCCUCUGAAUGGAGUACAGUUGAUUCGUAUAAACAACCUCUAAAAUGGAGUACAGUUGUUUCCCAUAAACAACCUGUAAAUUAAGGACUGUUGUGUUUCCCAUAAACAACAGGCCCAAUCAGUGCUGUACAAGGUUGACAAUGUGUUUUAGAUUCAGUGGAUAGGAAUGAACUGGUUCUUCACUGGGUUUACUCUAUCUGGCUGUCUUUACACAAGUAGCCCACUUCUGAUAUUAUUGGCAAAAGAGCUGAUCUUAUUGGUCAAUAUACCAAUUAUUGGCAAAAGAGCUGAACUGGACUGCUGGGGGAACACUGGCUCUGUUACCCAGAGUUAUAAUUUCCCGCUGGGGGUUCACACCGUCUUGUAGCUGGAGUUCCUAUGAAGGCUGAGACUGAAAUGCUGAAGAUCCUGCAUGUUGAAACACUGGCCCUACACAACGGAUAGAAUGUUCCAUUGGGGUGUUGGGGACUAAAAACAUUAAAGACCUUUCUAUCUUGGACACAUUUUACUUUAUGGCUCUGAUUACACUGGCAGCCCAAUUUUUUUUAAAUCUAAGAUGAUCUGAUUGGUCAAAAGAGAAAGUAGUGAGAGAAAAAAAUAUCAGAAUUGAGCUGCCUGUGUAAACGAAGGCUAUAAAACGUUAUUCUAAGUGCCAGUUUCCCAGGCCCAGAUUAAGCCUAGUCCUGCAACAAAAAUGAUGACCCAUGGACCCUUUAAGUCCAGGAAAUGUUUAAAUACAUUUGAGAGCUGAGCUUUCAGAAACAUAACCUUCAGGUCAACAUUACUACCCCACUAGAUCCUUCACCUGUUUUUUGUUGUUGUUGAUUUAAAGAGCAUAGAAACAGACUGUCUGGUAGAGGUGGGAUCUCGCACAGCAGAUGGUAUUGGGAUUGAAUUGCACUGGAAGAGAGGAGGGAACCGACGCUGAGAGGGAAUUACUCCAUUCUGGGUGAAUGAUAAUACAGUGAACCACUGAAUGAAUCAUACCUCUCUCUGCCCCCUGUCUCCACUCUCCCUUAACAGUUUCUCUCUGCGUCUCUCUCACCUCCACAUUAUCCCAUCAGCCUUUUCCUCCCCUCUGCUAGUGUCUGAAAGUGUUCCUGAUCCACAGACAGACUUCCUCACCUGGGCCCUCUCAAACAAAAUUCCAGGAGACAUUUUCUACAGAUGUGCUUUUGAUUGGCAUGAGCUGUGUAUGUGUGUGAAUGACUGUCAACUAUGUAUGUAAAUGCAACGCGUUGUAUUGUUUUUCCUGUUGUGGGGUUGUGACUGUAUGUAUAAAGAUCAUGUCAUUGUUUUAGCCAAAAGCAUGGUUUUUAAGAACCCCCCCCCCAUUUCUUUACAGAAUGUCCAGUUAUAUAAUGUAUGAAACAAUUAAAGUGCUGAUUCGUGAGAAUUUGAA